AUGCUACGCAUCUCAAACAACAACCUUACGGGGGAAAUACUUGCAAGUAUGGGGAAACUAUCUCAACUAGGGCUACUUGAUCUUUCAUCAAACAAGCUUGAAGGAGAGCUUCCGAGUGCACUAGGCAAUCUAAGAAAAUUGUUCAACCUGAGCCUCACGGACAAUUUGCUCCAUGGAAGCAUUCCACGGGAAUUUGGAGAAAUGUCAAGUCUGGAGUUGCUGGAUUUGUCAUCAAAUAACCUAAGUGGUUCAAUAAAAGACUCAAUUGAGCAUUGUUUGAAGCUUCGUCUUUUGAAGUUAAAUCACAAUAAUUUCAAAGGAAACAUCCCUUCUGAACUAGGGUUAUUAGGCAACUUACAAGACCUAUUGGAUUUAAGUGAUAAUUCAUUUAGUGGGGCAAUACCAAGACAACUUAGUGGUCUUGUCGUGCUAGACACCCUGAAUCUUUCACACAAUGAACUUAAUGGCUCCAUCCCGUCAUCAUUUCAGAGUAUGAAAAGCUUGACAUCCAUUGAUGUAUCUUACAAUGAAUUGGAAGGGCCAGUCCCGGAGAGUAAGCUCUUCCAAGGAGCUUCAAUCCAAUUGUUCAUGCAUAAUAAAAUGUUGUGUGGUGUGGUGAAAGGAUUGCCCCCAUGUAGUAGUGCAACUCAUAGCAGAAGGGAAACAAAGGGAAACAAAAUACUUGUAUUAGUCAUCGUUCCUGCUAUGAUAUCUCUUGUUCUUGUCACGGUGACAUUGAUGUUCCGACAUGAAAGGAAGAAAACCAAGGAAACUAUGAUCGAUAAAGUAACACAAGAAAAAGUCUUCUCUAUUUGGAGUUUUGAUGGAGCAAAUGUGUUCAAACAAAUCGUUGAAGCAACAAACAAUUUUAGCGAAAUGCAUUGCGUAGGAACCGGGGGAUAUGGAUCUGUCUACAAAGCUAGACUCGCAUCAUGCGAAGUAUUUGCAGUGAAGAAGAUACACAUGGUAGAAGAUGAGUGUUGCGUGAACGAGCAGGUGUUCAAUCGUGAAAUCGAGGCAUUGGUGCAAAUUCGUCAUCGAAACAUUGUAAAACUUUUUGGGUAUUGUUCCUCUGGCCAAGGCAGGUUCCUUAUCUAUGAAUAUAUUGAGAGAGGAGACUUGGCAGAAACACCGAAGGACAACGAAAAGGCAAUUGAAUUGGAUUGGAGAAGACGGAUACAUAUUGGGUUGGAUGUGGUUCAUGCUUUGGCAUAUAUGCAUCAUGAUUGUUCGUCACCUAUAGUCCAUAGGGAUAUAACAAGCAACAAUAUUUUGCUUGAUCUAGAAUUUAGAGCUUGCAUCUCUGACUUCGGUAUGGCUAAAAUUCUCAAUAUUUAUGGCGAGAAUCUCACAAGGCUUGCUGGGACGAAAGGCUAUCUUGCCCCAGAGCUAGCAUAUACAGAAAACAUGACGGAGAAAUGCGAUGUAUACAGCUUUGGAGUGCUUGUUUUGGAGCUAUUUAUGGGAUCUCAUCCAGGUGAUCUGCUCUCAUCCUUCUCAUUGGCCACCAAGAACAAUGUUGUGUGCCUGCAAGAUCUGCUGGACUCCAGGCUCGCGCUCCCAGAUGCUGAAACUACUAGGGAAAUAUACUGCAUUCUCAGUGUUGCAGCUCAGUGUCUGGAGUCACGUCCAUCACACAGGCCAACGGCACGACGUGCCAGUGAUGAGCUAUCUACGGUUAAAGUUCAUGAAGAUCAUGUUGAUUAUUUGCAGGCUGGCAUCACCUUUCCUAUUCUGUAG